UUCUGCAAUAAACAUUCAAUCUCGGUCCCUAGUACAUCUUUCCUUAGCUCACACCAGAUUGCUUCUGCACUGCUGGCUUGCGGAUCCCAGCUUGCAUAGACUGUUUUUAUUUAGUUAUAAUUAUUCAGCUACAUAGGCUCUGGUGGUAAUUCCCUCUGCCGCUAUGGCUACUCGUGCCCUCCUCCAUCCCCACUCCGGUGCCUCCGCUCUCCAACCAUCGCGACCCGUCAGUCUCAGCUCAAACUCCCAACGGAUUGUUUUACUUUCUCGGCCGGGGAAUUCGAAACAGACCACCUGCGUUAUACGUGCUGAGCGGGUCGCUCAACAGCCCACAACUGCUAAUCUCGUCAAAUUUCAGUCUGGUAGGAAGCGUCGCGGAAGCAUCGUACGCGCGGCGGGAAGAGUAGGGACUGAAGCCGCCGAUGUCGAUUCCAGCAAGGCCGACGUGGCAGAGGUAGCGGAAGAUGCAGCGGUGCCCCCUGCUGUGAUCGCUGACCUAAUCGCCUUCCUCCAGCAAGAGCUGCCGAAACUGUUCGUCGAAGGGGGCAUGAGCUCGGCGCGCUUCGCGGAUAAAGUGGAGUUCGAGGACCCCAUCACGCGCUAUGACACUCUGGCGGGAUACCUCUUUAAUAUCCAGAUGCUGCGGUACCUGUUCCAUCCCGUCUUCAUUCUGCAAGACACGUACCAGUCCGGUCCAGCGGAGAUCACGACCCGCUGGACGAUGAAGAUGUAUUUCUGGCUGCUGCCGUGGCGCCCAGAGGUGGUGUUCACAGGGCUGUCUAUCUACGGCAUCGACCCGCGCUCGCAGCUGUUCGUGAGCCACAGGGACGUGUGGGACUCCAUCCAAGACAACGGGUACUUCUCCCAGGAGGGGCUGAGGGACCUGGUGAAGCAAAUGAUGACGCUCUACUCGCCGCCUGCUCAGCUGAACUCUCCCCCCUUUGAUGUGCUGCUGCGGCGAGCAACCUAUGAGGUGCGGGAAUAUCCUGCCUUUCAGGUCGUCCAGCUGAACACGCCCGUCCAAUCAACGUCUGACAUCUGGCCCUCUGCUCCUGGCGCCCCUCCCAGUCCGCAACUGGAGAAGUUACAGAGGUACUUCCAGGAAGGGAACAGCCAGAGAAAAACCAUUCCCCAGGGCCCUAUCAUGCUCAUCAGCCCGCCGGAUUCCGCCGGGCAGGAUAAAAAACUGGUGAUGGCCAUUCCCCUGGAUGCUCCACCUCCCACACCGACCGAUCCGGACCUGACCAUUGGCACUCUACCAAGUGGAACAUGGGCAGCGGCAUCAUUCGGAGGGCUCCCAUUGGCUGAAACCUUCUCAGCAGCAGCUGCUUCUCUGCGUGCUGAUGUCACUGCUGAUGGCCUGCUGCUGGCCUCAAGAGGAUCUGGCACAGGGGGAGCUACUGCUGCUGCUGGGAGUGGAGCUACAGAUGGGACUACAGCUGGUUCAGGGAGUGGUACUACAGAUGCUGAGGGUGCUGGGUUGGUGGGUGCUGCAUCUGCACUGGUGUCUUACCCAAGUGGUUCUCCGAUUCCGUUUCUGAAGAGAAACGAGGCACUGUACAAGCUUGAAACCUUCUUGCUGGAGUCUACUAGACUGGGUGCUCCAUACUUGUAAACACAAUGUUUCCUAUGUGAGGUGCGUUGCGCAUGCCCAAAUGUGUUGCAUACAUCGCGUUGAAGUGCAUAAUGCGAAGUGUUUUUGGCAAAACCCGACACUACUCG